AUGGGUCGUGUGUGCACCAAGACUGUGAAGAAGUCUUCUCGACAGGUGAUUGAGAGAUAUUACUCCAAAAUGACUUUGGAUUUCCACAUAAACAAGAAGAUCUUGGAGGAGGUUGCAAUUAUUCCCUCAAAGCGACUGAGGAACAAGAUUGCUGGCUUCUCCACCCAUCUCAUGAAGCGGAUUCAGAAGGGACCAACCGAUGUGAUAGAGGUUGACAAGGAGACCAUUGACAUGCUUUCUGCACUUGGCAUGGGUGACCUCCCUGGGGUCGUUAAUCAGGCUGUUGAACCACAGGCGAUGCCUUAUGCCCCUGGUUAUGGCCGUGGUGGACCUGGUGGUGUGAGGAGAUAUUAA